CGCCGCGGUGGCGAGGGGCGGGGCUACGGCCUUGCGCGGGGUGGAAGGCGGAAGCGGGCGCCGCGGGAGGGGGCCUGUCGCUAUGGCGACCGCGGCGGAGGGGCUGCCCGAGGCUGGCGCGCAGCCCGCUAAGCAGGAUCCUGCUGUUGAAACAGCAGAGGAAGCUAAGGAACCAGCAGAGGCAGACAUCAAUGAACUCUGUAAAGACAUGUUCAGCAAAAUGGCCACUUAUUUAACGGGUGAACUGACAGCCACCAGUGAGGACUACAAACUCUUGGAAAACAUGAAUAAGCUGACUAGCUUGAAGUACCUAGAAAUGAAAGAUAUUGCUAUAAACAUCAGUAGAAAUCUGAAGGAUUUAAAUCAAAAAUAUGCUGCUCUUCAGCCAUAUCUGGAACAAAUCAAUCUAAUUGAGGAACAGGUUGCAGCUCUGGAACAGGCAGCUUAUAAAUUGGACGCGUAUUCCAAAAAACUUGAAGCCAAGUACAAAAAACUGGAGAAACGAUGAAAUUACAACAGUCCUUAAGUUGGAGUUGGGCUAUGAGUCAGACUGAUUUCUAUUUAAGUUGCACAACAGCGGUUCUGUAUGUUGACAAGGAUUUGGUUACAGCUCACAUCAAGACUGGUAACUUUUUCGAUCUAUUGAAUACAGUAGGCUGUAUUCAGGCUUAAGGCUGAAUAAUAUUUUCCUCGUCUCGAGAGGUUCUGUUGUCUCACUUGUUCUGCAAUGAAAAGUAGAAGCCUGUCCUUAACCCAGAUGUUGAUAUUGGUGAUCUGUGUGUUAGUCCUAUGUCCUACAUGGAAUUCUCAAUCUAGGAAGAGCCCUCCAUAACCUAUAAAGACAUUUUCCCUUGCUAGCAGCAGGACCUAAACUUCAUUUUUAACUUCAUUGAGCUCUGCAUUGAGAAGAUACCUGGGCCUUUGGAGUUACGAGUAUGGUAUUAAAAGCACUUCAUUUUGGUAUCCACCUUUAUCUGUUUGAAAUAGAGAGACAAAUUAUUACAAUAAAACAACUUGCUGCAUUUCUCUCUGGAACCUCAAAUUCCUGUUGGAAAGAUGAUGUAAGUUGUCUUUUUAUUUUUCAAAAGGUAUGUUAAUAAAGAUAAUCUCCUUCCAGCUACUGCAGAUCAUAGAAGAGAACAUGUUUUAAACUCUGCAUCGAGUGUUCCUGCAGUUGUAUUCUUUGGCUGUCUGGACCUCAGAUGAAAUUGCAAGAAGUAUUACUUUAUCACAUGCUCAGUUAACUUAGCACAUCCUUUCUCUACUUUUACCAGUGGGUUUUAAUCAUAGUAGUUUUUGAAGAGACAUGCCGAACACAAAAAAGCUUCUCUACCAGAUUAAUAGUGUUCCAAAUGGUUAAGAUAGCAGAGCCCUUGUUACUGAACGGGUACUCCUACUCCAAAUUUUUUGUUUUUCCAUACCUAUUGACCCUGACUAGUUCAAGCUGGCUUUUGAGUGAGUUGUGAUCGAGGAUAGUACAGGUGCUGGUGUGGGAAAGAAGUAGUUCAAACUUCCUACAGGCUGUUUAGAAAAAUGUCUAGUUAGCUGCUAGUGUGGUAAAGAUCAUAAUGCUGCCAGUCAAUGUACAGCUACUGUAAAUAGUCAAGAUGGACACUUUCCCCAGUGCUAUUUAGAAGCAGUGAAGCAGAUGGCCUUUGAGAGCCUUCACCAUAACUUUAAAAGUCCUGGGUUUAAAAUAGAAAAUACUAUUCUUUACGACCUUGAUGUACUAUUUGAGAGAGGGUUGAGUUCACUUUGAAGACAGGCCUUUUUGGAAUGGGCAGUGUUAAAGAACAGGGUUAAGUCUCCCAGCAGUAUCCAGCCUGUAUUGCUUUUAUCCAUAAUUAUCUCACUGAUGACCUUUCUACCUGUGAAAGCAAAGUAGGCAUUUUAGUAGUGUUAUCAAAGCCACAUCCUCUAACCCAACAGGAAAAUAUACCAACAGAUGAGAUCAUGUCUGUGUUGGAGGAAAUUGUACCAUGCAGGAUUUUAAAAUCUGACAGGCCAUCAUCUUAGGAUUCAUGGUACGUUCGCAGUUCUGCUGGUCAAGAGAAUCUAGCCAGCCAGAUCUAAAAUCUUUGUGCCUAGAGACUGGCAUUUGAAUGAUAGUCUGACCAGUGGCCUGCUUGGUGAUCUCAGAUGCUGGGUAGUGGUACCACAAGGUGGUAGACAAGCAAAAGUCCUCUCUCCAGUGUUUCAUGCAGCUGUAGAUUAUACAAGAGCUAGAUGUGAUUCAGCCACUCACCAGUGUUUUUUUAUACUACCAUCCUUUCUCUUUGCCAUUGUGGAGGAGAAUUACAGAUGUUUGGCUGCUGAUGUAAAAGCUUGAGGGUGCUGCUUGGAGCUCCUCUGUUCCCUGGAAGUGCUUAACAGCACUUGCAUGUGGUUGGAAGCUUAGUCCCUGAACCCAUAUAAGUCCCCUCCCUGUCCUCUACCCAUCUCUAAGAACAGAAAAGUUACUGAUUUGUAUCAGGUUGGAAAUGGUUCUGGAUAGGUGGACAUAAUCUAGAGCUGACUAGCCACUGAAAUGUUUAUAGGGGCAGGUUGUUCUAGGAUUGAAACAAGACCACUGAUCUAGUCUAGUCAUCUCUGAUUCUCAGCUUUUUCUGGGAAGAUGGUGCUAGAGGCACAGAGUGGAUGCUGACACACAAAGGGAUUGUUCUCUACUGCAGGGAUGCAGCUGAUCCUGCACUCUGGCUAGGUGCAGAGGCCAAGAUGAAGGGGUGACAGGGUUGUGUCCCAAGCAAUUGCAGUGGAGAUCUGGCCGUCUGCUGUCUAGAGAAUUGUGAUCAUCUUCAUGUGCUAAAAAUAAUAUCAAACACUUAAGUGCCAGUGACUUAUCCUAUUGCAUGGCUGUAAGCCAAAAAGUUCUGCUUAUGGCGGAUAACCUGCAAAUCAAAUAUUGAACAUAGAAUGGAACAUGGCCCGGACACACUCCAUGCUCUAGUGGCAGCACACUGCCAAUGUAGCUGCAAGUCCACUCCCUUAUUGGAUAUGGAUCGUAUGUUCAGACUCUCAAUAGGAGACAGACUCCACAGAUCCAAGUUGGGUAUGGAACUGUAUGUGUGGCAGCCCUGCUCUGUCUUAAGAUGAGUCCCAGUUACCAUCCUUUAACACAGGCUGUCCACAUUCCAUUUGGGAUGCCAUAACUCAUAGUUACAUAGUAAGAAGGAUUCACUGUCACUGGGAUAACAGCAGCCUUGCUGUGUAAAUUCCUGAAGUGGUCAAGCAGAGCAACACAGCUCUGCUCUCUGUUUUGUGUUUACAUCCUCUAGAACUUCCAACUGCCUUGGACCCAGUAGGGCACCUUUUCAUCUUGAGACCAUGGGGAGGCACAUAAUAGUGGAGAUGUUUCAGGGCUGCUAGUCUUUAUGAAAAGAGGAGACAGUGAUGUGUCUCACCUUUCUUAAGCAUGUUUUAAUGUACCAAGCUCAUCCUGUGGCAGCAAGACUUUGCUUACAUAAUGUAUGCCAGGACCAUGCUAUGUUGCCAAAGGCAGCUAUGGACAUGACAGCAGCCCAGUAGGAAGUUUUUGUAACACAGGAGUUAGAUAAAGGGAUUGUCAGAGUGUUUGGGCAGACAGGCUUGCACUUAAGGAUAGGCUAGUGCUAACUAAGCAAGAACAUGUUCUUGGGGGUAUGAGGUCUAGAGUUUUCCCUCUGCUCAGCAGAGAACUGGAAAUCUCUGAUUAAGCAGGUUGUGACUGUACAAAACACCACUCUGGAGUACACACACACUAGCUGUAAGCCCUAAUCAGCACUUCUCAGGUCUCUAAAGAUGUCUGAAAGCAGAGGAUGCUGUCAGUAUCAUCGCUAAAGUUGGAAUGGUGCUCUGUAAGAUAGCUGUUGUUAACAGGUAUUGCUCCUCACCCAUUAAUGCCAAGGGGGUCAAGGGGACUGAGUGACAGUGGAUAGGUAAAUAUGGUCACAUGAAAGUAAAACCACUGUAUCUCGUUCCCUCUGUACUUACCUCACCUGGAGAACGCUCAGUCUGUAUGGAGCUCCUUGGCCUGCCCCAUCCCACCCCUUCAUAGUCAGAGGCCCAGUGUCUGGUUUGUAUGUUUAUAGCAAGGCAAAGAGCAGGCUCAAGAAUAGAUCUACAUAUACUCCCGUGACACUACUAUUUGGGUCUGGUCUUACAGAACUGCUGGCUUAGCCAUGUCUUGUUUUAAUCACAGAUACAUUUGCUAAUUGCUUUGAUGAAGACAUCUACUCACCACGUGCAACCCAGCAUGCUGUUGGGAGGCCCAGGAAUCUGUGUGAUUGGGACAUAGAAAAUUUCAAAGAAAAGUAAUAUGGCAUUUCUCUGCUCAUUGUCUUUCCUUGACAGGAUUGCAGGAGGACCAUGUGGGGACGAUGUGUCAGCAGAGAAAACUUCCGCAAGCUUCUGCGUGGAAAUUCACAAUUGUCUCAGCAUCCUUCCCUGCAGGCUACAAGAGAAGAAUCAGAAGUGCAUGUCUCAGCGUGGUGCUGGUGGUCCCUGUUCCUGCAAGGAACAAGUCAAGCGUGGUUCUGCUCAAGGUUUCAAGAGGAGAAACAACAAAAUGAAAAAGUUUAAAAUCCUAAAAGAAAAACAAGGAAUCAGAAAAUGGCAAUUUGGCAGCACUGAGGAUCAGCUUGUUCCAUGGAACAAUGGCACCAACCCUUGUCUGCCUGACUGAUGUCUCCUUGGCCAUUGAAGAUUCAGCAGAUGUCUCAUCAGAGGUGUAUUUUCAGAAAUGGGAGAAUGAACGUAUGAUCUUGGAAGCACAUUUAAUGAACAAAAUUUUAGCCAGAAUCUGAAGCAUGCUGAAAAUAGAAAGGCACUCAGUGAGGCCAACCUGGGACCUUAAGCAGUUCUCCAGGAGUCCAAUCUACUCAAGGGUCCAAGUAACGAGAUUGGAUCUGCAUGAAAAAAGGCACCUUCUUAGCCCCAAAACAGACCCUUCAAGUGUAUUCACAGCCUACAAGGGUGUACUGCAUCUGGCUUCUUCAGAGUAGCCUGUAUGGCCUGUGUUUUAGAUUUAUGACUAUAACAGUGUUGAUAACACACCAGUGUUUUAGCUAUUGCUGAAGAGUGCUUGCACAGUGUUGAGGCUGCCUUGGUUUCUCACUCUGUCCUCAAACCCAAGCAGUAGUCUAUGGGGCUGGGACAAGACACAGCCAGGACGACUGACCCAAACUGACCAAAGAGAGAAUCCAUGUCAUCUAAUGGCAUGCCUAGCAAUAAAAACUGGGGAGGUUUUUUUCCAAUAUAGCCACUGUUCAGAGACUGUCUGGUCAUCAGUCUUCUGGCAGGUGGUGGUGAGUUUUUGCAUCACUUGUUUUUGUUUUUUUUUUUUUUUUUUUUCUUCUCUUUCCUUAACUGUCUUUAUAUUGAGCUGGGAGCUUUUCUCACUUUCUCUCUUCCAAGUUUCUCCCUCAUCCUGCUGGAGAAGGAUCCAGAGUUUCCACAGUGGAAAGCUGGGUGCAGGCUAUUAACCACUGUCUAUUUUCUAGCUUCCAGAUACAAAUAAAAGUAACAAUUUUCAA